UCCAUUCUGCCGUCGCUAAUCAGUCACUCUCGUAUGCUUGGACUGGCUGGACGCCUCCCUCGUGGACCGUUUGUGUAUUUCGUGUACUGUUUUUUCGCUCGGGGAGUUUUUUCUUUAUUUUCUAUCAGUUCAUCAUUUUAUCUCGCAUAAGUCUCCUGUUGGAAGUAAAAAAAAACGCACAAUACUAAUCGCGCGAGCAAAACCUUUGCUGGAAGCAUUGAACAAUCAUCAUUCCGGGCGGAUUUUGUUGAGUCACCGGUGGCCAAUGUGGUAUUGUGUCUCUCCGUGACUACACACAGGCUCGGCGAGUUCGAUUGAUUACUGUGUCGGUGGAUUGGACCGCAGACGGCGUCGUUGCGAAGAGAUUUGGAAACAGUGCCCAUUUUUGUGCAAGAUUCGGAAAGUGUCAAUCAGGUGUGAUCGCUUACGGUAGCGGAAAAUCGGUGAAAAAGUGGUCCAGUGGAAAAGCGCAGUGUAUUUGGCAAGCGGUGUACAUAGCGAAACCUCAGUCUCGACUCGACUCUAACGAAAUCGAACCGAAAAUCAAUUGGUUCUUGGCUGAGUUUCGCCUGGUCUGGCACGCGUGAUUGCCACUGUGACAACAUCUAAACCACGCGUCCCCACUACCGCCGUUAGGUACUUGCGAAUUUCGUGGUCACAGCCCGUCACGUGGUGAAACAACACAAUAGUAGCACCCGAAAGUAUUAUACACUGUUUUUUUUUUGCAAAACCGACCAAGCACUGCCAGCUUAGUUUUCCCCAUUUUUGCCCAUUGGUUUCAUGCUAGUUAUUUUGUGUGUACCUACCACUCGCAUAAGUGCAACCCAAAAAGCGUAGGAGGACUUUUUGACUCACCCCACUAUCCGGAGUAAUAUUUGUGAAAUUAAUUGGGACAGUAUACCGAUAUAACUGGAUUAUCUUGAAAAUCGCAUACAGCCGUAGCAGUUGGAGAGAUAAAUUCUUCGGUCUCUUUCUGUACUGAGUGACUAUCACCGACACCAGAGACUUGCCACUUAACUACUAGUGUCGUCUUUGAGAUACUAAUUUGACACAAACAAAUGUUUCCCUAGCGGCCACCAGUUACGACAAGCAACGACUCUCCGCCGGCAGUUCACCCAUACACCAACAGAAUCGCAUAACCAUGCCUCGAACUAGUGGGAUACACUGGCUGUGGCCAUCGCUGGCUUUGCUAACCCUAUCGUGGACUACGGUAGUGUCAACACCUGUCCAAACAACGUCACAAGCGGAGCUGUACCUGUCACAAUUCGGAUACCUCAGCGCAAAGUUCCGGAAUCCCACCAGUGGGAACCUGUUAGAUAAGGACACAUGGGAGAAAGCUAUCAUGGAGUUCCAGAGUUUUGCCGGGUUGAACACGACCGGUGAGCUGGACAAUGAAACGAUGGAGCUAAUGUCACUGCCACGGUGUGGAGUACGGGACAAGGUGGGUUUCGGAUCGGAUUCCCGAUCGAAACGAUAUGCCCUGCAGGGCAGCCGAUGGAAGGUGAAAGCGCUUACCUACCGGAUAUCCAAGUACCCCUCGAAACUGGACCGAACCGAGGUAGACAAGGAAAUUGCAAAAGCAUUCUCGGUGUGGAGCGAGUACACCGAUCUAACAUUCACACCAAAGAAAAGUGCUCCAGUGCACAUAGAUAUUAGGUUCGAAUUGAAUGAACACGGUGAUGGUGAUCCUUUCGACGGACCAGGUGGUACCUUAGCCCAUGCGUACUUCCCAGUAUACGGAGGAGAUGCUCACUUUGAUGAUGCGGAGUUCUGGACAAUCGGAAAAAGCCGGGGGACAAACUUGUUUCAGGUAGCCGCGCACGAAUUUGGUCAUUCACUAGGGUUGAGUCACUCCGAUGUACGAUCGGCACUGAUGGCACCGUUCUACCGUGGGUAUGAUCCAGUAUUCCGGUUAGAUUCCGAUGAUGUUCAGGGAAUCCAAGCUCUCUACGGACGAAAAACUAGCAAUAGCGGCGGAUUCAAUCCACCUCGACCGACACAACGACCGGUGCAGAAAGAUCCUGAUUCGGAGCUAUGCUCCUCGCCCAAGAUCGAUGCUAUGUUCAACGGUGCUGACGGCAAUACCUAUGCCUUCAAGGGAGACAUGUACUAUAAGCUAACCGAAAAUGCAGUUGCUGAAGGUUAUCCGCGGAGAAUUUCCGAAGGGUGGCCAGGACUACCAGGAAACAUCGACGCAGCGUUUACAUACAAAAACGGAAAAACGUACUUCUUCCAGGGGACCAAAUACUGGCGGUACUCGGGCCGGCAGGUCGAUGGAGACUAUCCGAAAGAGAUCAGCGAAGGAUUCACCGGUAUUCCGGACCAUCUGGAUGCUGCUAUGGUAUGGGGCGGUAACGGCAAGAUCUAUUUCUACAAGGGCAGUAAAUUCUGGCGGUUCGAUCCGCUGAAGAGACCCCCGGUCAAAUCGACCUACCCGAAACCGAUCUCCAACUGGGAGGGACUGCCGAACAAUAUCGACGCAGCCCUACAGUACACCAAUGGUUACACGUACUUCUUCAAGGACGAUAAGUACUAUCGGUUUAACGAUAGGACGUUCGCCAUCGAUGAAUCAGACCCACCAUUCCCGCGUCCGGUAGCGCAUUGGUGGUACGGCUGUAAGAACUCCCCCUCGACGUUCAACACGCUAGGUAAUAUUAAAGCAGUUAAGAAAGAAGAUGUCGAGCACGACAAUGUCGCCGAUGAUUUGAUUUUGGAUGCGGCAGGAGCAGACGAGCGACCCGCCGGCGACGACUACAACAGCGGCAAAGGAUCGAGUUCUGCUCGGAUCAGCACCAGUAUUAUCAUAAUCCUAACUCUGCUGGGAUUCGCACUGAUGGUCUAGGAUAGCUCGGACCGAAAAAAAAAUCGCCAAAUUUAGUUACCUUUAGAAACGUUUUCUUUUCCAUCAGCAAUAUUUUCAUCGUGUUCGAUAUCAAGGGAAGCAGAUUUGCGUCAGAAAAUUGAUCUCACAAUUUGUUCAGCGCGCAGUUACUAAAUAUCAACCAACUUCGAGCCAGUGACUUUUAGUGAAAUCCCCCUCGUGAGUUCUUUCUUCAACCAGUUCUGAACUGAAAGGGAGCAGUUUGAGCAUAAACAAACAACAAAAAAACGCUAAGCAAAAUCGUGAUACUGAGUAGGUGUUGUUUUACGUUGUGAAGCGCACAAAUCGAAUCCGCCUUCUUGUAGUACCGUUUCUGUUUCACUGUAUUGUCAAGUUAGAAUCAUGAAUGCGGUUCUUAGUGACAAACUCCAAUAACAGUCAAAGUCAUUACCUUAAGAACUUAAGUUUUAUAGAAAUAUAUGAAUGAAGUAAGUAAACAAAAAACAACUGUAAACGGUGCCUUUAAUGAAAUUGUACAUAUAAACAAUUACUCUAAUUGCAACAAAAAGAAGCGCAAAAAGUUCGGAGCAAUAGAUGCAAUGGGAUCACAGCAAAAGAAAAUUGUUGAUUAUUAUUAAUCGUUUUAUUUUUCUCUAAAAAUAAUUCACUGAUACUUUUAUACGUUUCUAAAAACUCAAAUUCAAUUAACAGCAAAAAACAGAAAACGUCCAUAUCUUACCGCAUUGCCUCCAACUUUUAACUAAAAGUGCAUUCAUAUAUCAUUUCAGAAUAGAUGAAUUUAUCACUAAACUAGGAUUUUGUAAAUAUUUAUUGCGAAUAAUGCUAGGAUUAAUCGGAAACGAAGAAAAAAUGGAAUAAACAUAUUAUUGUUUGAAA